AUGAAUCCACGUUUAUCAAUAGUUGGUCGUAUGCGUAAGCCACUGAUUAAAUUCAUUGGUGCCCGACUUCCACGGCCUCAUUAUGACCGAUCAGCCUUACCAUCAUUGGUAUGUAAUUCGAAAUCUUCAUCGAUGUCUGAAGAGCCGUCUUCUUCACUGAAUGCGUCAUCAUCAGCUGUAAAAGCUAAGAUGCAACGAGGAGAAUUAAUCGAGGAUUGGCAACUACCUCCUUUUCUUCGUCGUAAGCAAAUAUCCGAGGAAGAAUGUCAUGCUAUCAAUGAGCUGGAAAUGCUUGUUGUUAGCAAUAUCCGACGGUACCAUAUAUUGAGGACGGAAGGCAUGCUCUGUAAGGCUUUUUACUGCAGUAGUUCCGCAACACAGCUCGAUUUACCAAAGCCCAGUCCGACAAGUGGUCGAUGCAGUUUCUCCGGCAAUGUAGUAACCGUAUUCGGUUGCACUGGGUUAUUAGGAAAAUUAUUGAUAAAUCGACUUGCGAAAGAAGGUCAUCAAAUUAUUUUACCAAGUCGACAAGAACCAUAUUACACCCGACACCUAAGAGUACAUGGAGAACUUGGGCAAGUGCUGUUAUUACCAUUUCAACUAAAAGAUGAGGAAAGUAUUCGACAGGCUAUUAGAUACAGCAAUGUAGUUGUAAAUUUAAUUGGUACAAGAUAUGAAACGAAAAAUUAUUCAUUUGAAGCUACUCAUAUUGAAGGAGCACAACGAAUUGCUCGAAUUGCCAAAGAAAUGGGGAUUCAAAAAUUUAUCCACAUGUCGGCAAUGAAUGCCUCUAAAGAUACUCCACCGACGCUGUACAAUAAGCCAUCACAAUUUCUUCGUACCAAAGGACUUGGGGAACAAGUCGUCCGUGAAGAAUUCCCAAGCGCUACAAUCAUAAGACCAUCAAUGAUGUAUGGAGGAAAUUACGACGCAUUCAUAAAUUAUUUUCUGGCACUUCAACGCAUCCCGCACCGAAGCGUGAUUUACGUUUAUAAGAAAGGAGAGCACACGUACAAAAUGCCCAUCUGGGUAGGUGAUGUGUCAAAAGGUGUUGAGAAAACUAUCGUAGAUCCACAUGCUAUUGGCAAAACAUAUGAAUUUGUUGGUCCCCAUUGUUAUAAGCUCUCUGAAUUAAUUGACUAUAUGUAUGAUCGGGCUCACCUUUCAUCACGUUUCCCGCAUCGACAUUAUCGCCGUCGAAAUCUAAAUUACUUAUAUAGAGCAUAUGUAGCUGCUGUUGAGUUACCUUACAAAUUUUUCCGCAAUCCGUCACCACUUAGUUUAGAAUGGAUCAGAGUAGUUGAAUGCACAAGUGAUGUACUUACCGGGUGUCCAACGUUAGAGGAUCUUGGUAUUACCCGGCUUGUCGAAUUUGAAUUAACAGGUGGAAAACACGCAUAUUUUUGUGUGAAUCAUUACAAUGAGUUAGAGGUCACGGAACCAUAUCCAUUGCCGCUUCGAUCUCCACCUUUAUAUGCAAAUGUAAAACCAAGUGAUGAAAUCGUUACGGAAUCGAAACCGUUUACUGUGACUGCUGCAUAA